UUUAAAAGUAUUUAUUGAAAGCUUAACACUACAAUUGGUAUUUGUUUGAGUGUUUAAAUAUGCGAUGGUUGACACUGGUAACCUUAAUUGGUUACACUCUUCACAUUAUCUUUGCCUUCAAUCAUCAAAAUGAAGCAGUUUAUAAAUGGAAUGCAGUGGUUAGAGCCGGUACCUACCUUCCGGUACCACACGCUUCUAUGUCGACCUUAACCGGAAAAAUACACUUUAAAUCCACCAGUGACACCACUUAUGCGAAAAUAUCAAAUUUAAAUUAUAAACUCUACAACGGACCCUUAGACCACGUCCAAGAACACCAAGCUCACGACCUUCCUCUACCCGAAGAAGCGAAUGAAAUCGAAAAUGUUUUCCAAAUCGUCUACAACGACGGAUUGGUUGCCAAAAUAUUGACCCAAAAAGAUGAAAAAGAGUUUUCUCGAAAUGUAAAAAGAGCUAUUGCUUCUAUUUUCCAGAUGAACAGUUCUAUAGUGAGUAGAACUUACCAGCACCCUGAAACUUUUAUCGGUCGGGAAAAUUCGCUACAUGGAAAUAUUAUAGUCGAGCACAGCAUCUACCCAAGCGAAAAUGGGCAACUAGAAGUACACAAGUUGUACGAUAUGGCAAACACUCGUGUGUUCAGAGAUAUCUCCGCUGAUGCAAGACAUUCUCACUGUGAAGUAAAACCAGAACACCCUGUGAUGCAAAACAGUAAAAGAAUAUACACAGUUGUUACAAAUAACGAAAACAGAGUUGUUACACACAUUAGAGCAGUGGGAACUAUCGUGUACCACCCGUACCAAGCAAAAUCUGACGCUCAGAUCAUUUUUGUUGACCAAAAGUUUGAGUUAGUAAAGGACGGGCCAAAAAAUGAAGAGUACCACCUAGACCCUCCACUAUCUGAACUAGAUUUGACCUACCACCCACACGUUUUGUUAAACAGCGGGCUACUAGAUGAAAGCAAUGGGCGUCACACCCCCGAUUACGAAAUAAUUUUGCCACAAAUUCGCCAACUGCUAGCCGACAUCUCUGCGUAUUUACAACAGAACCAUAUUAAAAUUCAAGGACCCGACACAAAACACGAACAACUUAUUAACAGGGUUCAAAGAUUGCUGACGAGAUUAGAUGCACAAAAAUUACACGAACUCCACAAAAGUUUACAGCAAGACACUCUGGACAUUUUUAUUCAAGUUCUACCACUUAUUAGCACCCCCGUUUCUGCUCUAUACAUCAAGGACUUGAUUAUUAAAAACGAAGUGAACGACGAAAUUGCGGUAGAACUUUUACAGAAACUUCCAGACUAUUUCAGUCCAUCCACGAAACUGCUCGGUGAUCUGGAAGACCUCAUUCAUCUGAACGACAGUUACAGCUGGGAAGUACGCAAAGUUGCGAUUCUCAGCUUUAGUACUCUCAUCUACAGAUCGUAUCUCUUCGCGAAAGAACAUGCACUGGGAGAAUCAGAAGACGAUUUACAAAGUCCCUACCAAAAAUAUGUCGAUGAGUACGUCGCCAGGUUGCAAGGGUCCAACGAGUAUAAAGUCCAAAUGGUCUACACCUUUGCCUUAUUCAACAUACGACUCCCCAUCACUCUCAAGUACCUCAUUCCAGCUUUGAAUGGUGAGUAUUGGUCCGACCAGCAUUUACGGUUAUUAAGCCUAUGGGCAGCAAGUGCCUCUCUGCUGGAUUCUGGUUCUGUAUUCGAAACAUUUUGGCCCAUUUUCUCAAAUCGCAAUGAACUAGUAGAAAUAAGGUUGAUUGCGUUCUAUUACAUCAUGCAUUCGCAGCCUAGCCACUUUAGACUGAACAAUCUCUUCACGUAUUUAAUUACCGAAACGGAAAAGGAAGUCUACAGUUACUGCUAUUCGUAUCUACAGUCGGUUUUGAAGUCCACGAACCCUUGCAAUGAAGAACUGCGUCUCAAGAUUGCGCAGAUGUUGAAGUUUAGCCCACCACCUCGAGGCGGACUCUCGUCAGUAAAGCAUUACGGGUAUACAGACUCAAAGUUUGGUUUUGGAUCAGAAAUACAAUAUCAUGUUAUUAAUACGAAUCGGUCACAUCUUCAUGCAGUGUUUUUGUUGUCCCACGAGCAUGAUAAAUACCAAAGGGACCGUAUGUUUUUUGUGAAAAUACACGACGGACGUCCCGGAGAUGCCACCUCUAUAUUUUCCUUGUAUAAACCUUACGUAGAAAGGGUAAUAAUUAAAGGUGACUCUCCUCACAUUGAAGGUGUUUUCCUAAAACGCGACAAAGUUGUCAAUACUUUGUAUGUUGACGAAAACACUUCACUUGAUAUCCAAAGGACUCAACAAUGGUUGUUCCAAGACGAUGAUGUAAGGAAGACAUUUUUAGAUAUACAUUAUCAACAACAUCAAAGAGUGCUGAUACCUACAGAUAUCGGGUUUCCUGCAAUGUGGGAGUUUCUACAGCCACAGGUUACUCAAAAUAAUAUAAUCAGAAUUACAAAACGGUUAAACUACGAAUUCGGAUAUCGAUAUGUAAACUGGAUUCACUUUCACCACGGUCUCAGUUUUUACAAUCCAUUGGGAGACAUUUGGCAAGGUGUUGGCAGAUAUCACUGUUAUGAUGAAGCUUGGCCUUUCAGUUUCAAGUGGUUUUGGAAUAGCGUAGGCAGUGUUGGUGUAUCUUGGGAGAAAAAUGGGUUUUUUGAAAAAAAUACAGGCGGGGUGCGAAGCCAUGUGAAACAAAUGGUCUUUGCUAAAAGCGAAAAUCAACACGAUAUCUUGGAACAGUCAAGUCCCCAUUCCAAACCCUUUCACGUUGUUAGUGAUGGCAAACGAUUCAGACACGACUACAAUUUAAUCGAUGUGGAUGACUUCAACACAGGCCACAAAUUAUACGUGAGUCUUUUUGAUAGCGACGUACACGUUUCUAAUGGAUCGUUCAAACACCAAGUGACACAGUUUGCUCAAACUUACACCAAGCAAAUCCACACCCCGAUUGACCAUUUAAUACUCUCUCUUAUGAACUGGAGACAAUACACCAUGAUAAUGCCAGACCCAGGAACGCAUGGUUUUAUUCUGCAGGUGGUACCAAGUCAGAAGUACGACAUAAGCAACAUCAACUUAUCUUUCUACAUGGGACUGAAACAUGAGGAUUUUCAACUAAAAUACGACAUAGAAAGUAAUAAUCAGAUCUUGAAAAGCUGGGUUGCUAAUUUAUCAGUGGAAAUCAAUUUGGGUUACACUUUUGAAAAAUUCAAACUCAAUUUGACUCGCGUAAUUCCAAAACAACAAGAUUAUCGAAUAUGUGUAGACGGUUUCAGGAAAACUACUAGAGAAAUAAGUGGUCAUUUUAGCAUCAGUAUGGGUCAAAUUAACAAGGACGUUUGUCCUCAUGAUAGUGAUAUUGAAGUCGAUGUGAUAGCAAAACGAUCCUUGGAACAGACUGAUGGUAACCACAAGUACUUGUCUUGUCAAUAUGUCGUUCCUUAUUUUUUCAAACCUUUUAAUACUGCGGAAUGUUCGGCAAGUCCGGACACACUCAGACGUUCCGAAUACCAUGUAAAAACAAAAAACUUGUCCAACGAACUUAAGAAAAGUGCUACCAAUUGGUGGAAUCGCUUAGUCAGGUACUACCAGUCUUAUUAUACGUUUGAAGAGCAAAACAACGACAACCUCGGCAACGAGGAUUUACAAGUUGAGAUAGAAUUUCCUAUGCAAGCCAAUGAAAUAGAUGUUCACGUCGGUACUUCUCAAAAUUUACAUCAUUUGAGUGGAAUUCCUGCAGGAUAUUGGAGUUGGUUCGGUGUAUCAGCAGAUAAUGUAACGUCCCCUCGACAGUUAUUCCGCCUUUUUGGAGAUGAAGCACAUCUUCUAUGUACCGUUUAUUUUGAUCGUCAAUAUUUUAACGACACAUUAGUUUCUAAAGAAGUACCGAGAAACUGGACUUUGUAUGUAGACCGCGGAGGUGUCAUCAGUAUAUAUGCCAAAGCUACAUCAAAUAACACACUUGCAAUGAAAGCAGUCACGGGUGACGUUAUCUUAGAAGUUAAUCCGUAUGGUGAAAGCUUCCAGAUUGUUGUAAACGGCAAACAGAAAUCUAUAACAGAAUAUUUCCAACACAAAUGGUUCAUUUAUCGUCCGUAUGUAGAUUUUAAUCUACCUAGCGACUUUCUUUUCAAAAUUGGGUUUGGUGUUGAGUAUGACACCAAUUGCUUAAAAUUUUUUGGGUACCGUAGCUUUGACGGUGGACUUUGUUCUCAAAAGCAAAAUACUGUAGGGACAAAUAAAUGAGAUAUUUUUUUUAAUUAA